UGCCAUCCAGCCAUUCCAACUUAUAGCCUAACCUUAGACCACUGGCCUGGUGAUAGAUCAUGACUCUUGGGGCCAAUACGCUAGGCUACUAUUAGGCAUGGCAUCUGUUAAUGGCCUAGUGUCUAUCACAAACACUAACACCCAGGUAAACUCAAACAGACCAGUCGAAACUGUUUAAUUGUCUUUUACCAGACUGUACCAAAGACUAUAGACGUAUGUGUCUAACCUCUUUGACAGUAGCCUAGUGUUACACACUUCCUUGAGCUUUGCUCGUGGGUGAAGCACUGGGAACGGGUCAUGUGACCUCGUUGUAAAGGGGUAACUAGGCGCGAGAUGCCUACUGUAGAGGAGCAGCAGUGUCAGUUACUUGAGUGUGACGUUAAUUAGUUACAAGACGGACUGUUUCAAGCAGAAAUGAACUACAACAACAGGGCUCUCCUCAGGUCCUGGAUUGUGGCAGAGCGAUGGUGUGUAUUUUAGACCCUUGGAAGGUCACUGUGGUUUGAUCCAAAACGCUGUUUGAGCAAUGGAGCGCAGGCGUGACAGCCAGGAACCGUUCUACCGGAUCACCGGUUCUGGCCCCAAGACCAGCGCGGAGAUAGUGCAGGAGGCCCGACAGUCACUGCGGACGUUGCGCACCCAGCGACCUUUCACCCCGCGAGACGAACACCGCCAGCUAUUUGGGGAGGGCUCUUCUCGACCCCGGGAUGGGCGCCCUCCCUCUGCUUUCAGCCUGCACGCCCGCAACUUUGAAGCGCCGGACUCCAGGCCAGGCUCUGGGACACGGCUCUCUCCCUUAGACCAUAAGCCCAGGCUGACGGUGGUGGCGGCAGCUGCGGUCCUGGGUGGGGGUGCCCUGGAGGAGGCGCCGGCUCUGCCCAAGCCACCCGCUGACCAGACAGACGGCAGGAAGGGCCCAGGGGCCAGCAGAGCCCGUCUGCUACGGGCCACCAUGUCCACCGUCAGGCUCCCGCCAGUCAGCCCCCCACACAACACGCACGUGAGGAGACCAGAGAGUAGUGAUUCUCCUCCAGGCCGUGGUGUGUCUGUCCCGGAGAGACUGACCAUUGGAGCUCCUCCUGUCGUCCAUGCAGCUGCAGCCAGAGAGACUGACCAGGCCCCGACCUCCCAGCCUCACACACGCCAACCCUCCACACACACAAGCCGACCCUCCACACACAGAGGCGAGAUAUCCCGUCCUAGCAGAUCUGACCAGCAUACCGGAGCAGCCACCUGUGGAACGAGACCAGAUAAAGAGGUUGGAGAUGGAGAUGGAUCAGGCACAGGAAGUGAUGUCACAGAAGAGUCAUUCUGGAAUUCAGUGGUUUCUCCGGUCCUGGAGAAGUUUGAGGCUGUAGCUACAGGAGGCAGCCCAUCAGAGGAGGUGGUGAGGCGGCUGAGUGACGAGUGUUCUGGUCUCCAUGGCGCCCUGCAGGAGCGCGGCAUGCUGGGUAGGAGACUGAGGAAGAGGGCCGCACUGCUGAGGUCCCUCUAUAGACUCAUAGACCUGGGAUCAGACCAGCUCAACCUGCUGCUGGCCAAACUCAUACUGGCACUGGAAGUGAGUGGAAACAACCUUCUGAACAUUUGCAAACUCAUGUUCAAAAUCAGCCGCAGUGCCAGCAAUGAUACACUUUUCCACAACAACUCCAUUAUAGACUCCCUGCUGAGUGUGCUGCGCAGCAAGGAUGUGAGUGUGUGUGGAGAGGCACUGCUCUACUGCGUGGCCACGCUCAAGUUCCUCUCUGGAAACAGCGCCCUCCGGAGGCUGCUCCUGGAAAAGGACUGCAUCGGCGUCCUGAGUCAGCUCACACACAGACUCACACACGCUCCGUCUGAACGGGACAGCACGGGGCCCACACACACCACUGCUGGACACAUCCUUGUACAGUUGACCGCCACCUUCAGGAACAUGGCGGACCUCUCUGAGUCUCGGCCCUCCUUUGUCUCCAACGGGGUUCUAACGGAACUCACUACGGUCCUAGAUCAUCACUACGCCGACCCAGACGUAUGCACCAACGUGGCCCGAAUAUUCAGCAAGCUGUCCUCCUAUAACGAGUGCUGCUUGGCCUUGGCAGAGAUUCCUCAGUGCUGCAGGAUAUUUAUAGACCUGUUGGGCAAACACAGCAAGAAGCAGGACCUGGUGGUGCGCUUGUUGUUUACGUUGGGGAAUCUGGCGGCCCGUAGCCCCGAGGCCCAGCUGCAGAUCUAUGAGGAGCGGGGAGCGGUGGACACCCUCCUGCGUCUCCUCCACAGCUACCAGGAGCCCGGCACGGCCCCGGGCGACCCCUUGGGCCCUCGCGGUCCCCCAUCUCGGCCGCCGCCGCCGCUGCCCGGGGCCGCGGAGAGGGAGGACGUCCUGGUGAAGCUGGUCAGGGUGCUGGCCAACGUGUCCAUACACCCGACCGCAGGGACGGCGCUCGCAGCCAACAAGGAGUGUGUGGGACUGCUCCUGAAGGUGCUGGAGCGAUGCUCAGUGGAGCUGAGUGAAGAGUUGAUGGUGAAUGCGGCAGCCACCAUCAACAACCUGUCCUUCUACCAAGGAGAGAGCUCUGAGAUCCGCAGGAGGCAUGCACACCUCUCCCACUUGUUGUUGAAGUUGUUGUUAAGCUCCAGUAUGGCGGCUGUGCUGGAGGCCACGCGUGUGUUUGGGAACCUGUCUCAGAUCUCAGAUGUCCGGCUCUUCAUCAUGGAGCACAAAGUGCAUCAAUUUGUGGUGACACUGCUGGACUCCAAGAGCUCAGAUGUAUGUUACUCUGCGUGUGGCGUCCUCAUCAACCUCUCAUCAGAGCCACACAACAGACACACACUGAGGCAGGAGGGAGCCAUACACAAGUUGGCAGAAUGCCUGCGGGACUUCGGGCCGUAUGAUUGGCAGCUGGCUGGACUGGUGUGUCAGACCCUGUGGAACUGCACAGAGGACGGCAUGGAGGAUGAGACCACAGAGCUGCUACACACACUCUCAAUUUACCUAGACGAGGAGGAGGCUCUGUCCUAUUCGGCCAGUGACGGUGACACCAUGCGCAAGCUUCACCAGGCAUGCUGGGAACUGGAGUUCCGUCCUGUCGCCCAGAGGCUGUGCAGGCGGUUCCAGGUUCAGGAGGCAGCAGAACCAAUCAGAGAGGGUCAGGCGGCAGCUGAACCAAUCAGAGAGUUGUCCUGAGCCGCCCCGGUGGUUUGUGCUUAUGUGUGUGUGUUUACGUUACCGUGGUGCGCAAGUCAGGGAAUGCACUGCACUUUAACACUUGUGUAUCAUGGUUAAUUGGGAGAUAUUUCCACCCAAUACUUUGUUUCUUACUGAUGAUGAACAGACAGUAAUGAACAAGUGUGACUGAUAAUGAGAUGUUUGCACUUUUUUUUUACCCCAAAAAAAGUUAUUUUGUGUUGUGAAA